AUGAGGAAUGCAUCGAAGCGCAAAGAUGAACUCCCAUGCAAAACCGAGCAUGUCAAAGUAGCCUGGACUCGCUCUUCCGAUCAAGCUCUUCUAACCGCUGGUCAGCACUCAUUUACCUCCGAUCCACGAUUUCAAGUUUCGAGGAAGUCCGACUCUGAUUGGAUACUCAUACUGAGAAGGGCAGAUCUCAGUGACAGUGGCUGCUAUCUAUGUGAAGUGAACACCGAGCCGCUAAGCACCAUCUAUGCUAUCUAUCUGGAUGUUCAAAUUUGUUACCGUACCCAAAGUACUUCUUUUCCAGAACGAGGCACUCGCCUAAUGGCAAAUAUGGCUGGAGAUGAAGUCCUUCUGAACUGCACAGUUGCAGUUGGCAAUGAGCCAGUGGACGAUGACGUCAUUUGGACGAGAGAUGGCAAAGAGAUGAAUUUGAACGAUACGAACAAAUAUAUAUGGAAGGUCAAGCGCUCAGCCGGAAUCAUUGUGCACACUGUAAGAAUCCGAGAAGCUACGAUGGAGGACGAUGGUAACUAUGCAUGCGAGAGCAAGCAUCAGCGAGCGAGCCAAAUCGUUCAUGUAAAUAGUAAGUUUUAUCAUAUGAGUAAGUGUUUCUUGAGCACCAGCGAGGAUUAGCA